AUGCUAACACCUCUCAAACAGCCUAUCGUGUUCCAGCUGGAGGGCUUCUAUGUACCACCAGGCUAUGGUGCCUUCUUGUUCUUCCUGGCUCUGAUUUACUACAUCGUAAUGCUGUUGGCCAAUGGUUUGGUGCUGUGUGUUAUUGUCAUGAACAGGAACCUGCACAGACCCAUGUACAUAUUGGUUUGUAACCUCAUAGUCUGUGAUCUGCUGGGGGCCACCACGGUAGUGCCUUGCCUUAUGAUGCACUUCUUGAUGGGCCAGAAGAAGAUCGCCUACAUCCCAGCCAUCGCCCAGGCCCUCUCUGUGCACAUGUACGGCGCCGCAAUGCAGACUGUUAUGGGCAUCAUGGCCUAUGACAGGUACAUUGCUGUGUGUGAACCACUCAGGUAUCACGCCAUCAUGACAUCGGCUCGG